GCAAAGAGAGAAGCGCGAAUUUUGAUAUUUCUCGUCGCGUCAACAUUAAUUGGGAAUCAAGGGAAGGUGAAUGAAUCUGAAGAAACAGAGGAGAAGGAGGAGGCAUUUGAAGAAGGAAAGAAGAGGCUGUAGAAUAGAGAAGAGCUAGAAGGAAGCACAUAGCAAGGAUCUCCCUCUACUAUUUGAUUUUUGAUACUCUUAUGAUAAUGGAUGCAGGAGGAGGUGGUGAAUGAAUGGUGGUGGUGUCCAAUUUCAUCACUACUUCCACUUUGAAAUAUUCACAUGUGGACGGUGUCCAAUUUUAUUUCCUUUGCCUUUUCAUACCAUGCUCCUGUCUUUCUGGACUUGCAUCUUUUCUUCCCGGUGAUACCAAGCUCUCAACAAAUGGAGUCAAAGGAGAGCAACAAAUGGGGCUACCAGUACUGCCACAGCCACAGGGUGCAGCCUUCUUAAAUGAUUCAUCUUUUGGGUCAUAUAGAACAAAAUAUUGCCUAUUUGAGGCAACCAUUACGACUUUACCAUUUCCUGUGAAACAGAUGGGAACAAUCACUAUGAGUCUUUCCAGAACUGGCAAUGGGGUGAGGACGCUAUGUUUAGUAGAAACUCUGAAAAUUUUGAUCCAAGAUUUUGUCUUUGUCACCUGAUUUUCCUUCAUCAUCCACGCAUUAAAGUCAACCAAAUCAACACUCUGCAGCAUACAAAGAGAAUCAUCCAGGAGGUAAUGUUGAAGUGAGUCAUGUGUGUUGUUUUGAGCAAAUUCCCAUUAAUCCUUUUUCAGUCCCAAUCUCUGGAUCUCUACUCUUUUAUCAAAAGAAGUUGAGACUAGUACGAUCUUGUAAUCAUCCAUGGUGGAGUCGUAACCAAAUCCAUAAUAUUCCCGGCUCCCCUUUCACCAAGGUAAUUUACCAGGCACCGGAGUUCUCUGCUGUUCUUUUGUUGAAGGGUUCCAAACCACGAAGCUUCUACCUCCUGUUUCUGUGGAAUGGUCGACGAUGCACAUGAGGCCAUUGCAGUGACCUACGACGUUGUAUUUGAUGUGCAAGUGCUGAGGCUUUGUUUUUACAGGUUGAAAUAGAAUUCCAUCUUCAUCAUUGUUGUGUGGAGUGCCUAUGCUAAGCGUACAAUCAGAGUUCCUUCUGAACAAAACCUGGUGAGGGUGUAGAGAAGACCUAGUUUUCAUGUGUCUUUGGAUGAAUCCUUGAUUGGAAAAUAGAAGAUUUCAAUGCUUCGAUAUGCAUUUGAAUCGUAACAGAGAUUGUGAGGGAAGCCAUACAAGAAUUUCCUCAACAAGGUCCUGAGGGAGAGCUCGACUUGCACUGCCAUGUAUCAGCUGCGGAAACCGAACAAGAGUGAAGAAAGUGGAGGAAUGUAUUGGGAGAAAGAAUUUGUUCUGCUUAUUCAUAGUAGUUGUAAGUGCUAAUCCUAACUAAACUUGAAUUGAGACU